CCGCGCAGCCCCCUCCCCUCCCUCCCCUCCUGCUCCUCCUCCUCCUCCCGGCUCGGCCGCGCAGAGCAGCGGCGGCAGCGGCGGCGGCAGCAGCCACCCGAUGUCCGCGCCCGACAAGCAGCAGCCGCCGCACGGCGGGGGCACAGGAGGAGGCGGCGGUGCGGGCAGCCAGGCCAUGGACCCCGCGGCGGCGGGCCCCACCAAGGCCAAGAAGACUAACGCCGGCGUGCGGCGGCCGGAGAAGCCGCCCUACUCGUACAUCGCACUCAUCGUCAUGGCCAUCCAGAGCUCGCCCAGCAAGCGCCUGACGCUCAGCGAGAUCUAUCAGUUCCUGCAGGCGCGCUUCCCCUUCUUCCGCGGCGCCUACCAGGGCUGGAAGAACUCCGUGCGCCACAACCUGUCGCUCAACGAGUGCUUCAUCAAGCUGCCCAAGGGCCUCGGGCGGCCCGGCAAGGGCCACUACUGGACCAUCGACCCGGCCAGCGAGUUCAUGUUCGAGGAGGGUUCGUUCCGCCGGCGGCCGCGCGGCUUCCGAAGGAAAUGCCAGGCGCUCAAGCCAGUAUACAGUAUGGUCAACGGGCUGGGCUUCAACCACCUCCCCGAUACCUACGGCUUCCAGGGCUCCGGAGGCCUCUCAUGCGCGCCCAACAGCCUGGCGUUGGAGGGCGGCCUGGGCAUGAUGAAUGGCCACUUGGCGGGCAACGUGGACGGCAUGGCUUUGCCCAGCCACUCGGUGCCACACCUGCCUUCAAACGGCGGCCACUCGUACAUGGGCGGCUGCGGUGGUUCUGCAGCCGGAGAAUACCCGCACCACGACAGCUCGGUGCCUGCUUCCCCGCUGCUGCCGGCCGGUGCUGGCGGGGUCAUGGAGCCGCACGCCGUCUACUCCAGCUCCGCAGCAGCCUGGCCGCCCUCGGCCUCGGCAGCUCUCAACAGCGGGGCCUCCUACAUCAAGCAACAGCCUCUGUCCCCUUGUAACCCAGCGGCCAACCCCCUGUCUGGCAGCCUCUCCACGCACUCCCUGGACCAGCCGUACCUGCACCAAAACAGUCACAACGGGCCAGCGGAACUGCAAGGCAUCCCUCGGUAUCACUCACAGUCACCCAGCAUGUGUGACCGAAAGGAGUUUGUCUUCUCUUUCAACGCCAUGGCGUCUUCCUCUAUGCACUCGACUGGUGGAGGAUCCUAUUACCAUCAGCAGGUCACCUACCAAGAUAUCAAACCGUGUGUGAUGUGAAGUCGAGGCCGUGGGCCCUCCAGCCCAGUCUGGCCGGCCCAGGGACCAGGAGCCCACCCCCACAAACUGCUUUACUCUGGAGGUAUAACCGUCAGCAAGAGAAAGGGACCUGUCCCCUUCCCUAACGGAUUAUUUGGAAAGAACCCCAACACAAACCUGGCACUGUGGUCGGAGAUGCCACCCCCGCUGCUCCCUCACUAAUUUCUAAAAAAAAGAAAACAAAAAAACAAAAAACCGUGGCCAUGGGACGCCAGAUUGGACUGCAACUGACAGUAAAAUACAUACUUGUUUUCAACCCCAUUGAAAGCAGCCACGAAGGUGCUGUGUGUGGGGGGGAAGCAGCUAGCUACAAGGAAAGAAUUCUGCCGAGGUCUCUCCACCCCUCCCACACCAAGGGACAGUUUUUAGAAGCACGAACACGUGAGACCAGUCAUUAUCAAAUACUUUUAUUUUUGAUUGAGUAUUUAUCUUUUAAUUUUUAACUUUUUGAAAGAAUGUCUUGAAAUGCACAGUUUCUCCCCCCCUUCAGCCAUCUUUUUUUCCCCCUUCUGGGGAGGAGGAAAGGAUCAGGCGGGCAUCUCCCUCUCCCGACCUGGGGUCUCCUCCAGCAAUCACAGGUGGAUCUUCGUGAAUAUGACUCAGAUACCUGGAGCCUCUGUUUGUCUUUUAAAAAAGAAAAGCGGCUGAGGAGCUGCCCCAGCCUCUGGCCCUUUCCGUUUUCUUCUUCCUCCAGCGUGUGUCUUUCACUUUGAUUUGGAGUUGCAUUGUGACUUCUUCAGUAGGUGUUUUUCUGUCUUCCAGUCUCUACUGUAACUCGGAAAGGAAACGAACACGGAAAGCUGCAGGGACACGGAGGCUCGAUCAGGUGGUGUAGUUCAGGCUCCCUGACACCGGAGACAGGCUCAGCCUGUUAUUUAUUCUGCUUUCUUUUCCUAAUCAAAACACCACGUAGCUCUGCCCUCCCGGUAUUAAUGGUGUGACUUGGUUGGCAAUAUUUGCCGUGUAGAGUUGUUGUUUUUUUUAUUUGAUACCCAUUGUAAAUUUGAAACAAAGACCAAUCUGUGUAAAAACAAAUCCCCAUAUGUUUUAUAUAAAUAUAUAUAAAAUGAAGGACUGUCCCCCUUUUUAGUAUUUCGGCCGCAGAGGUGCGCCGUCUACAACACAUAUUUUAAACCUCCUUCUGCACUGUAUAAAAGGAUAAUCCGAGGGUAUGCUUUUGUGUAUUUUUUUCCUACAAAAUGAACAAAAAUAAAAAUGUAUAACAUUUGUA